AAUGCUUCAACAGUUUACCACCAAUAGCUUCGAGCUCUAUUUAAGAACAUGGCCAAGAUCGUCGGCGUUUAGAAGACCAGAACGGCAUGAGAAAGCGCCAGCAACGAAAAGUUUCAUGAUCGAUGAUAUUUUGAAGAGGGUGGAACCGGCAAAAAAGAGCAAGGAAUAUAGUGAACUCUGUAAGUAAAUCGAAGUCUUGUCUAGUUACAACUUUUCAGACUCCAAGUUACUUCGUGUCCCGUUUUAAGUUGUUUGUAAGUGUUGCGUGGCAAAUCUCAAAGAAAUGAAUGAUGCACAUUAGCCAGCUUUAGUGUUUUAUCGCCGAGAUUCAUUUGCUGAUUUGGUUUCUUUUUGAAUGGAGUUACACGAUUUUUGUCGUUUGCUUGUAACAUGUUGAAGAUUAAGCCGUUUUAUUGUUUGGCAACAAAUUUGUAAAACUGCCGACAACUUCUUGUUCAAUUCACAAAUCGACGUCAUUUAAUAAAAUUUGCUGUGGUUGCCGACCCACUUAGCAAACAGGAAAAACGACAAGCAACACAGGAAAGUAUCCUGAAUCCUUCAAUUAAGAGGUUUCACUUCAAAAUUUGGAAGUUCAAGAUUAUAAGAGUAAGAGAAAACAAAAUGCCACCCUUUUGGAAGUCAGUUGGUUGCAAUCAAGUUGGUAAAUUUAGUCUAGAGGCGACCAGGCAGGGUGACGGCUUUAAAACAGUCUAAAAUACCACCAAGAUUGAGUUCUGGUAAACUUGAUAUUCCAACGAAAGUGUUUUUAUCAGUGGAAAUUUCCUAUAAAGAUUAGUCUGGCCUUGCGUUAGGUUACUAAUACAUCAAAAUUGUUACUAGCCGUGUCGUUGUCUAAGGACGGCCAUUGUCACUGUAUUUGAGAAAAAUGGAUUUGCGCUGUUUCGGGGAAUAACUCUUAGAAGGAAUUUUAAAAUGUCUUUUCUUGAUUAUUGUGGUUCUCGCUCUUGGAAGCAGGUAUAGCGAAACCAUAAGUGACGUUUUCAGAACUCAGUUAUAGAGUUGCAAGUUAGGCGGGUGGAAGGCAGCGGGGAACAGAGGCAUCAAACGAUGAAGUGGGAGGAUCCAUUGUGUUUCAAAACUCUUUAUGAAAACAUCAUCAUCUUUUUCAAGUCACACCUACCUCGAAAAUUUCUUCUGGCGAACUGUGUAUCAGCUUCAAAGUAUUUCUAAUAAAGUUAUUCCUUGACGGAAGUCUAUGAAUAAAAUUUUCAACGUAUCGUACAAGAAUUAAAUGUCAGAAUUUUAAUUUUCGCAGCAUACAUCUGGAGUGGUCACAUGCCAACUUUUUCUCUAUAUCAAGCUAAUAUGGACAAGCUAGACGCCUGUAAGUAUAAACCUCAGGCUUUGACGUUUUUAGGGAAGAGUGAAAAUCCCGGGGGGGUACUCCCUUAUAUAAGCGUUAUAUGUAUGUGCCACCCCAAAGGGUAGGGUUCUUGCGCCGUUUUGGUCUGAAAACGGGUAAAGACUUUGCCCAUUUGGGUAUGGAACCGGGUAUGGUUCUAGGGAGAACUCGUAGGAGAAUAUGAACGUAUUCAUGGUUUCAAUUCCAAAUGAGGUAGAAAGAAAGAGAUACAUGAGAACGUGAAAUCUUUUUUGUUCUUGUUCCAAUCAAAGUAAUGAUUUAAUAAUUUCUUAGACGCCAGGUCUGAAAACGGGUGUGGAUUUCAGAGGCCAGGUCUGAAGAGGGGUAUGAAAAAAUACAUUUUUUUGUCCAAAAUAGGAUUUCUAUUUUCCAAGAUUUGGAGAACCGGGUCGCACACCCCACCAAUAAUUCCCAAGAGUACCCCCCCGGGGAAAAUCUUAACCUUUUGAGGUUUUUUGUGGGUUAGAGACUGGGUUACUCAAGAGAAGUACACCUGGACUCAAGAAGUAUGGCGAAUGAUCUGUGAAGCCCGUGGCGUGUGUUUAAUACUGUGGAAGCCCAGGCAGGGAGGUUUAUUAGAUAGCAGGCGUUUAAAUAGUGGUAAUAGGACUGAGUGGAGUCCAAUAAUUCGGUCUGAAAUCAUAAGAGUGAUUUGUUAAUCACAAGUAUGAUUACAGACCGAAUUGGACGACUCAAAGUUCUGUUACCAAUUUAUCAUAACCAUUACAAUUUCCGAAAAAACAAAUGCAGCCUUUUUUCUGAAGGAGUUUUUAAUACCAAUUAUCCAAAAUUACGGAAAAUAUCACUGGUAGACACAGUCUCAUGUUACAUAUUUCGUCUAUUUUGGAAAAUCCCCAGUUUGGUAGGGUAAUUGGUUAUUGUUAUAAUUAUUGUGAUAAAUUCUGUGAUUGGUGGAUUUAGCUGAGUGCACUCAAUAUGAUUGGCUGAUAUAACUGUUUGAUUACAGGUGUCCGAUUACAGCCAACUGUCCGAUCAAUAAUUCGUGAAAAUAAUUUUAAGGUUUUUUUUAGGUUUUUAAUAAAGCAGUUAAUGCACCAAUCAAAUUUGAGCAAAUUGUAAGGGUUGUGAUUUAAGGGAGAAGCGUUUAUUCUCUGUAACAAACUCCACAUAAUAAUCGGCUUUCGGCGAAUAUAUCACCACAGCAGACUAUAUAUCCAGUAGUCCAUCCAUUGAUACCGCGUCUAAGCCGUUUAGAGAUCUUUAGAGAUCAGAUCCUUACUCUGAACCGGACACUCAACAGCCAGGGUGUAAUGCGCAGACUCUUGUUAAACAAGAAACCCAAAAUAACUGAAAUGAUUUUGCUCCAUUUUACUAUUUCCUAGUAGAAUGGACAACUGUCGUGAGGGGCGUACUAGACAAGAGGCGUUUAUUUGAGAGGGCGUCUAUAAGGUGAUUUACGGCUGCAACUCAAGAAUUUUUAUACGUCCAACCUAUCCACUUUUACCCCUCGUGAUAAGAAAAAAGGAUCAACAUAAAAGUUUGGCAGCGCCUGAAAACGAGGCAAAAACAGCUCUUGAAAGAACAUUAGUAAAAAAAGAUUUAAAAACCCCGUUUUUUACAUGACAUGUAUUUCUGUAUUUAGAUGCAACACAAGCAAGUCAGAGAAAAACUGAGGUGGUAUGCCCAAUACCGAAGUAUUUUCGCGCCUUUUUGCACGAUAGCCGGCGUUUCCGCAGAACACGCACAGUCUUCACGCGUGCGCAGCUUCACGAACUGGAAGAUAGAUUUGAACGCGAAAAAUAUCUGUCCACGCACGGAAGGAAGGACUUUGCACGACAACUAAAACUCACGCCGUUGCAAGUGAAGACGUGGUUUCAGAACCGGCGAAUGAAAUGGAAAAAGGAAAUGUUGAGGAAAGACCCAACUGCUGUAACAACGCGAGCGAAGGGUCGUCCCAAAAAGGACGAAUUCUGAUUGUAUAGAUGUUAACGAAGUUUUCAUAAAGAAAAAAGUAUAAAAAGGAGGCGGAAAUUGCGAGCGCAAAAAAUAAUUCAUGCGCGUGUUUACUCGCGCAAGAUGCUGCAGUUGUAGUCAACGUUUUGAGGUGUAACUUUUGACGUACCGAAAUAGAAUUUAGUUUAGAAUUAUUAAGUUGUCAUGUGACGUUAUGUCAGUAGAAGCCUUGUCUUGUUGUGCUUUUUUGUAAUAAUUGCGUUGAUAAGUUUUAAAAGGGUUUUUGAUAAUUGUACAUGUAGGGGCUUUGGGUUUCAUUAUAUUGUUUGAGUUACAUUUGCUAAUGAUUAGGAGAACAGAAAAGUAUUGCUCAGUAGAUUUCAUUUGAAUAGCGC